GCUCUUCGUGUGUUUUCUUUUAAUGCAAAUUAAGACUCGGGAAAAUCCAGGAUCCCUGGAAAGAUGGCGCAAGCAGAGUGCCCCCUGGGAUACGGCUCCAGUCUCAACCUAUGUGCCAGGUACUCAAAAUGAAGACCAUGCUUGAAGAGGAUCAUCAUCCACUGUGCUGAACAAGUAACUAUAACUGUGUUUCUGUUGACCGUAGUGUCAUGCAGCAGACUUUAUGAUGGAUACCACCCAAACAAGCUACACAGGUCAGAUUUUUUUCAAGGACUUAACUUGUCAUGGACGAGCUCCAAAUAGAGGGACAUUAAACCAGGACAUGAGGAAGUCAUACCAAUUGCGCGGACACCUCUCACCAAAUAUGAGUGAGAAGACGUGUACCGUUGUUCUCACUCGGCUGGAAGAUGUAACAGGGUCCCGCAUUAUUGAAGGUCAGGGCAGGUCAUCGUCUAAUAUCUCUUGUUGGGUAGAUGAAUUUGGAACUCUGAAAGUUCAUACCGGGCUUCCCUCAGAACCUAGAAGAACGAGUUCAAAAGGACAACUUUUCCCAGGGGCUUCUACUGGAGACAACCCUAUAAAGGAAUUGCCAGAACCCCGGAAGCGAAGGCUAGCUUCUCUCAACGCUGAAGCAGUCAACAACUUACUCUUUGAGAGGGAUGAUGGUUAUUCGUCUAGAAAACUUAAUAAAGAUUUAAGCAGAGCUGCUGAAAACCGCAAAUCAAUUGUGGACUGGACUUCCUUAAAAAAGCUGGAUAACCACUCGGCCAGCAAAAAAAGCAAGCCGAGAUGUAUAGCCCAACAUAGGUCAACUUCAGAUCACGUGUUUGAUGACCUCAUCAAGAGAGAAGCUAGUGAAGUGUCUUAUCCUCCUGCUCCAAAGAGGUUGGCAAGUUUAAAUGCCGUGGCGUUUCUGAAGAUCACCAACGAAAAAGUUCAUGCUUUGAAACAGAGGAGCAAGUCAAAUGGUGACAGUGGACGUUCUGUCACCUCUUUCUCAAAAUCCAAACUGAAGGUAACAAAAUCUCACAAAAAGCACUGUAUAAAAACUAAAAAAGACUUCCUUCAUCAGAAAACCAAGGACUAUCAUGGUUGGCAUGAAGGGGCUGACGUUGGAUUUCUACAGCCAGACCGUCAAGAGCCAGCAAAGUCUUUGGGUAAAGUGGAGGGUGUUCAUGUGGAGCAGUCUUCCAAGAGACACAACGGCUCACAACCUUUGUACCACAGACUGCCUUUGUUAAUGGGAGGGCAGGCUUCUAUGAAGCCAGAGUAUGGAAGACCAGGUGAAAAGUCUCCCACUCCCAAGCAAGACUUCCAACAGCCUUCAUUUCCAGUACAACAGCUUCAUCAUCUGCCAGUUCCAGGAAGCCACACGGAAUGUAUCUGUGUCUGUGACUCCUCCAACCUAGCGAAUCUGGAUGGAAGCUAUAUUCCUUAUGGCCAAAGUGGAUUACCAUGUAAUGGAUAUUCGGAUUACUCCAUGUAUCCAAAAGAUGAAGUGUUUUCACAGCCAGUGCACUGUGAGGAACUCUUGGUGUCUCAGAACUCUUUACAUCCUAGUGCAGUGUGUGAGCAUCUUCCUUGGUGCAGUUCUCGCUAUGCCUAUGGAGAAGACACUGGCACAAACACAGAUAGUCUUUGUGGAUUGAUACGGCUGCCACUUGGCAGGGUUAGCAGCGCUCACAUUGGACCUAGUACCUAUCCAUAUAAGAAGCCUUUAACAACAGAUGGAUACAAAUCACUCGACCAGCUGAGUUUAACAAUUCCCACAGCAGGUCACCCCGUGUCUCCUGCUCACCCACUCUCAGGAUGCCCAGUUCCAAGUGUCCCACCUGCUGCUGAGCCUGUCCCCUACCUACAGACACCCAACUCAGAACCUCAGACAAUGGCCAUGCUGAAAACUGCACGGGAAUGCCCACAGAGCUCAAAACCCCCAAGUGGCUCUAAGUCGGGAGUUCGGAACGCGCCAGAGUGUGUCCACGCAGCAGACAGCAAGACAAGCAAAGGUCACAGUCAUCCUAAGCAACAAAGAAUCAGUAGAAGAAGAGCGACCAAUGGCUGGAUGCCUUUGGGAACAGCAUGUGAGAAGGCAGUUUAUGUUGUGAACGAACCUGAACCUGCUCUCCGAAGGAGUUACCAAGCCGUGGAGAGGAAUGGAGAAAUCAUCCGAGUCCGCGAUACUGUCCUUCUUAAAUCUGGUCCCAGGAAAAAAUCCAUGCCAUAUGUGGCCAAAAUAUCGGCUCUCUGGGAGGAGCCCAAAACUGGUGAGCUGAUGAUGAGUCUCUUCUGGUACUACCGGCCAGAGCACACUCAGGGAGGACGAAAUCCCAGUAUGCACCAGAAUGAGAUCUUUGCAUCCCGUCAUCAAGAUGAGAACAGUAUUGCGUGUAUCGAGGAAAAGUGCUAUGUCCUGACAUUUGCAGAGUACUGCAGAUUUUGUGCCUUGGUAAAGCGUCAGAAGGAGGGCUGUCCAAAUAGGAAAGCUUUGAUCAUCCCUCCCUCCGAAGAGUAUUGCACCCCUAUACAUCGCAGGGUUCCAGACAGCACCGACCCAGAACUAGUAUUCUUAUGCCGGCACGUGUACGACUUCAGACACGGGCGCAUCCUAAAGAACCCUCAGUAGUAAGCGCUUCUGAAGGAGACAUCCACAUGACAAGUCGGUGUCAGAACUCAAGGCCUUUGCAGCCUAAGACUGCUUCAGACAUCUUCCUAGCUGCAUCCCCAAGAAGAGAGGAGAGUUGGGAGCUUCUUGUAGUAGCCCUUUGUUGGCUCUGGAUUCAGGAACAGACACUGGUCACAGUACUCAGCAGUUGAAAGCACAGCACUUCGUUAGAGAUGAGCAGUAAUUAAAAAGAGAAAAAAAAAAAGAAAAUGAGAAAAAAAAAUAUAUCGAAAAAUAUAUAUAAAUAUAAUAAAGUAUAUAUAUAUUAUAUAUAUAUAUUGGGGAAGCAUAAGCCAGUACAUCAGGUCCGGAACCAUGGUUGUAAGGUUGUGUAGGGAUGUGUUAGUGCAUGAUUGGACCAUGCUUGGUUCGAAUGCCUUAAUAUGUCACACAGGUCCCUCUCAUACCCUCACUAGUACUUCUGGAAGUUCAGACAGAUUUUUGUUUUUCCCCCCUUUUUUUUUUUUUUUUUUGCAUUGUUGAGAAAGACGUGUUCCUUGUUCUCUUUCAUUAACUUAUUGUGUAGCCCAGCAAUGAAAUGGUCAGGUGGCCCCAUCAUUUCUGGUUUUCAGCAGUUAUUGCAUACAUCUGCUCUUCUCAUCAGUUCAAUUAGAGUUAUCAUUUUCCAGUUAAAUUCUUUUUGAGCGUUGGCUAGGAGAAAGAGAUGACGUGGAAAUAAACGUUCAAGACAAAGACUAACUCCUCGCUCUAUCGAGGUGGGAAUAUUUUUGAGUAGUGUCCUCAGAGUAACUUAAAGAGCAUCUGUCAGCGGUCUUGUUAUCUCCACAGGGUCCAAUCUUGCGAUGGGACUACAUCACUGAUCAGAAGUAUAGGCUGGAGCUUGUACACGUGUGCAGAAACAGCGCUGAUCAGUCACGUUGACCUCUGGUCAGCAGUGAAUGCGAGGACAAUGGUAUUUAAAGCAGAUCUGGCAUCACAUUAUGCUGCCCCAAGGGCCAUUCCUAUCUUAGAAUAUUAUUGCAUGUCACUAGGAUAUGCCGUAACAUUUUUUUGACCUUAGACCUUGAACCUUCAUCAAUAACUAAAGGUACUGAGAUGCCUUCAGCAGUUUUCUGCACAGGAGCCAUCCACUGUGAAGAGAACUGCAACAUGAGCUUUUAUUCAAGUGAAUGGGACAGCGGGUGGGCAGAAGUGUUAAGGCGACGUAGCAAGCAAUUGUCCUCCCUGACAAUCGCCUGCUCGUCAGUGAUCCCCUCCACAGUAUGCCAUCGCUCAUCCCCAUACAGAAUCAUUGUUUGCCAGCAGCAGAGUUAGGUGUCCGCACCAACCAUCCCAUUACCCGAUAAACAAGCGUUUUGGUAAUCCAUAUUAACGAUAGUUAGCCAUAAUCUGUCCGCACAAAAAGGAGCCUUUACUGCGCAGUGAAGGAGCGCGUAACACGGUGGACCUUUCACUUUGAGGACCGAUGGGGGUGAAGUGGUCAGACUAUUACCAAUAGUCAGAAACUGGU